UUACCGUAGCUCUUUCUGACCUUCCUCUACCGUUUCCUUCUUCCUCUAUCCGGUUAUGGAGGGCUGAUGAAAGGCAUUUAAACGCAGCUGCGCUCAGAGACGCGAGAAAGCCGAAGUAGCAAAGCUAAAAACAGGCCUACGUUAAACACAUAAUCAAAGAUGCCGGUGGCUGUAGGCCCGUAUGGCCAGACCCAGCCCAACUGUUUUGAUCGGGUCAAAAUGGGCUUCAUGAUGGGGUUUGCUGUAGGAAUGGCUGCUGGUGCCAUGUUUGGCACGUUCUCCUGUCUCAGGAUCGGCAUGCGUGGCAGGGAGCUGAUGGGAGGAGUAGGAAAGACCAUGAUGCAGAGUGGAGGGACUUUCGGCACGUUUAUGGCCAUUGGGAUGGGCAUUCGAUGCUGAAGACAACAGGAGAAGACCUCCAUAUUCAACCGUGGGACUUUUCAGAUUAUCGGUCACAGCUUUCUGUCUGUUUAGCGCUGCCAUGCCCUCAACCUGCAGUCAGUCUGGUUUUGUCAAUAAAAGUUCAGAUUUGUGAAAUGGG